GUGACCUGUCUACUCUUUUCUACUCUUCUCUCGUUCCCUUUUCUCUCUCAUCUUCUUGAUAGAUUUUUGUUGGGGUGCUAAUCGGUUGUGGGGAGGAGGGAGUUGACAGAUCUGGGACGAGUCAAGCGACCACCAGCCAGGAAAGAAAGAGUGGGUGGGGAGGGGAACAAUCGGAUUCUUAUGGGGAUUUGCUCAUGGAUCGAAUAGGAGAGGGACGAAGAGGAACAGACGACAGAUGGAACGGCCGAAAGGAAUAUCUGGUGUCCAAUCGAGCGGUGGUGAUGACACCGUCCGGUCGUCUGCAAACGAAAGAAUCGAGGGAGGGAGACAAAGGGUUACCGGGAGAGGAAUGAGUCAGGUGCCUACCUAUUUAAAAGCAGAUACCUUCUUCUUGGCAUUUACAGAAGUUAAAAUUCUUUGGUUGGUUCUAAUGUUAUUUUGCAAACCUGAUCUUUUGCUUGAUGUUACAAUCCAAUUUAGAAUCAAGGAGAAAGAAGAAAAAGAAACUAGAAUCAAGAAGAAGAAGGAGAAAGAAGGAGAAUUCAGAUAGAUAGACAGAAUCGAGAGAGAAGUAGGAAGGAAACCAUAUUCAGUUUAUUCAUCAGAUGCCCUUGAAUCUUGAUUCAUUUUCUUUUUACAGCCUAACAGACUAGCAGAAUCCAUAGAAUACCCUUGUUUACAAUU